AUGAGCAUGAUGGGUGAACUCACAUUUUUUCUUGGGCUUCAAAUUCAACAAACCGAAGAAGGAAACUUCAUUUGUCAGACUAAAUAUACAAAGGAGCUGAUCCAGAAAUUUUGUAUGAGCAAAGCAAAAUCAAUUGGCACGCCUAUGAGUCCGACUACAAAUUUGGAUAAGGAUGAACAGGGUACUCCAGUUGAUGAAACCAAAUACAGAGGAAUGAUUGGAUCACUACUGUAUUUGACCGCAAGUCGACCAGAUAUAAUGUUCAGCGUUUGUAAAUGUGCCAUGUUUCAAUCGGCUCCCAAGGAGUCACAUCUGACUGCUGUAAAAAGAAUUAUUCGAUAUCUCAUUGGCACAUUUGUGAAAACCCUCUCUUCUCCCAUGGCUAAAACCUCUAAAAAACCCUCCGCCUCCACCAGAAAGAGCACCCGUGCUAAGGCAAAACCCUCUUCAGCGCCUCCUGAGCAAGUAGACCUAGGGUCUGAUCAUUCUGAGGGCUUCGCCUCUUCUUAA